AUGGUUUUUGUUUUUUUUUUGUUUCAAACAGACUUUGUGGAAGAAAGACGACAGUUAUUGGAAGUUGUCGGACCUGAUCUUCAUACUCAAUUGGAUGCACUGGGUAUCGAAGUUGAAAUGGUGGAUAUACAUUAUGGUACUGGAACUUAUGAUUCUGCAUACGAUUCGAACACUCUCAAGUAUCACCUGAACGAAAUCGAUAAUUGUUAUCAGGUUUCUCGGGGAUGUUUUUUCAUGUGUUUGAUCGGUGAUAAAUAUGGCGAAAUACCAUUGGAUGAAGAAAUUAAAUGUAAAGAUUACGACGAUUUACUUCAAACGUGUCAAUUACAAGAAAACGAAUUAAAUUUACUUCGGGAAUUUUAUAAGAAAAAAGAAAAUGGUCAUGAUUACGUACUUCAACAACCUCAGAAAAGAUAUGAGAGAGUAAGAAGAGAAAGUUGGAAAAGACGAGAUAAAGAGAUAGAAAUUUGGAGGAGAAAUGAGAGAGAGAGAGAGAGAGAGAGAGUGAGAAAGUUGGGAAAUAUACGAGAGAGGGAAAGAGAGAGAGAAAAUUGGGAAAAAUACGAGAGGAUAAGUAAAGAAAGUAAAAACAAAGUUUUAUCGGUGGUGAGAAAUUGGGAUGAUUUUAAUAGGGAUGAUGACGUCACGAAAAUAUUUCACGACGACGAUAACGAUGGAGGGAAUAUGAAAAAUUUAAGGGAUUACGUACAGGAUUCGAUACCGGAAGAAAACAGGUUCACGUUUAACGUACCUUGGAAAAAAGGUGGAAUCGACACGGAUGAUGAAGAUCACGAAAAUUACAUAAGCGAAUUUAGCGAAACGAUAUCAUCGAGACUUCACGAAUUAAUAAGCAGACAUAUCAAACAGGAUCCGGAAGUGAAAGCUCGAAAUAAAAACGUUCAGGAAGUUUAUAACGAAGUCGUCGCUCAUCUUUCAAUUAACGAAAAGCUCAACGUCAUCGGUAGGAAAAAUUCGUUUUGGGAAAAUACGGAAACUUUAAACACGAUUAGAAAUUUAAUGGUGUCGAGUUACCUUGCGGGUGAAACGAGUCGUCAUUUGCCGAUAAUCGUACACGGGACUCAUUUAACCGGUAAAAGCUCUCUAAUUAACGACAUUUAUUCGAAUUGCUCAAAAUGGUUGGGAAAAAAUUGUUUGAAAAUAUUAAGGUUUGCCAACAUAACGCCGAGAUCGAGUUAUAAUUUAGAACUCGUUAGAAUAAUUGCUCAUCAAUUGUGUUACGUUUUAAACGAAGCUUUUUUACCAAAGGAUGCAUCUUUCGAUCCGCUUUACAUAAACAAUUGGUUUCAAACUCUUUUGAGAAAAUUAGAAGAAUCCAACGAUAAAAUUGUUGUUAUUAUAAUUGACGAUUUGCACAGACUGAAUCCGUUAGACUCCGACAUAGUGGCUGCACUGUCUUGGCUUCCGAUUUCGUUACCCUACAACGUUCAUAUCAUCGCGACAACAUUCCAACCGAUCGAAGUGUUGAAAUUAACACCCGUUCAAAGAGAAAGAUUCAAAGUACCCGAAUGUUUAAUCGAAUUACCCGGAAAAUUUUCACUGGAAGAACAAAUGAAAAAAAUCGAUGAGAAAUUUUCCACAUUCGAAAAUGAAUUUGGUAAACACGUGACCGGAAAAUUAUUUAAUUUAAUAAGUUGUACGGAAUUUGGACUAACGGAAACGGAAAUUUUGGAAAUUUUAAUGCCGACGAACGACAUAACGGAUUUUGUCAAACUCGAAAACGGUCAUUUAAAUUUUUCAACAUUGGCUGCGGCCAAAUGCGUUUUGGGCGAUUUGAUUUUACAAAAGGAAAUGAGCGGUAAAAUUUUAAUAACGUGGCGUCACGGUUUGAUCAAAGAAAUGGCUAGAAAAAGGUACGCGACGUCACCGGACGUUCUCAAAGCUGCACACGCGGAAAUUGCAAAUUUAUUUUUUCUAGAAUUUACCAAAAACGAAGAAAAAUCAAACGUCGAUGCGGAAGAAAAUGUAAAAGAAAGCGAUUGCAAGGAAACUCCAUUUCAAUCAAUUUUACAAACCGUCGAUGUUACUUAUAAUAUAAGACACGUGGAAGAAGCGUGGUUGCAUUUGUUAAAUGCAGGAUCCCACGUCGGAUUGAAACAAUUGUGCAUUUGUAAUUUCGAUAUGGCGUUGGCAGCCGUGCAAACCAUAUCCGUGUCUUACCUCAGAUCACUUCUCGAACACGUCAGAUCAUUUCUUCUCGAUCGAGAUCUCGAACUCGUUUAUUACACAGUACGAAAAUCUAGUCAAGUCCUUACCAAAGAUGCACUUCAACUUCCGACGCAAUUCAUUUGUUGGCUGCGACCCGUUUCAGAGGAUAGCGGUGACAUCGUGAGUCAAAUGAUAACGAGCGCCAUGGCUUGGUGUGACGGUUACGCGGAACCUCUUUUGGUACCAUUAAACGCUUGGCUCCAACCUCCUCUACCUCUCCAAAUCAAAAGUCUUCACGUACCCGGAGGCGUUCGUUUGAUGGAACCGACUCCAUCGAGUCAACAUUUGGUCAUCGUUCCGCAAUCGGGAGAUCCUCAACUUUGGCACAUAAUGACAAAUGCUCUCGUUCACACGUUCAAAGGUCACAGUGGUCCCGUCGGAUGUCUUUGCGUUACCAAACAAUUACCAUAUUUGGUAACCGGGUCCGAAGACACUUCCAUCAUAGUUUGGGAUCUGAAAACAUUUUCCAUAAAAUUGAAAAUUGUAGAACACAUAGCGCCGGUAUUGAGUUUGUGCGUGGCAUUAAACAAUACCGUCAUAGUAAGCGGUGGAGAGGACAGUAGAAUCAUCGUAACUUCUUUGACGACCGGUGACGUCAUAUUUAAAAUCGAUCAUCACAGGGGACCAGUCACGUCGGUUAAAAUCACAUCGACCACGGAUGUUUUAGUCUCUGGUUCUGUCGAUGGAACCAUAUGUUUGUGGUCUUUGGAAAAUAAAGUGACACUUCUCAACACAAUGCAACUUGUUUCACCAGUGCUUUUAAUGUCUCUAACAGAAGACAGCGUGUUCAUAUUGGCCUGUUGCGAAGACAAUCAAUUGUACCUGAGAACUUUGGCCACUGGAACCGAGCUCCACACUCUGAGAGGGCUUAAAACAAAAGUACAGUGCAUAAGUUUGGCAUAUGACAAUCGAAGAGCAGUCGUAGGAGGAGCAGAUGGUAGAGUUUAUAUUUUUGAUUUACAUUCUGGACUCAUAACCCGUACGAUUAAUUCACACACGCAAUGCGUGACGGGAGUUAAAGUCACGGAUAAGGAUGAUUUUUUAAUAACUGCCGGGGGUACAAAAGUCACGUUCUGGAGUUUCCGACAGGAAGAAAUCCCUAAUAAAAAACCUUCAGCGGCUAAAAAUCACACGGGACACAUAACGUGUCUUUGCAUAUCGAGAGAUGGAACGAUAGCAGCCACGGGUGGCACGGAUUCUUUGGUCAAUAUCUGGCAGAUGAAUUCACACGAAUUGCAAUACACGAUGGAAGGACAUUUAUCGUCGGUCACGAGCGUUGCUUUGGCUGCAAACGGACUGUUCGCCGUAUCCGGAUCAGAAGAUCAUACUGCCAGAGUCUGGGGAUUGACUUUGGGAUUGGUAGUGUCCGUAUUUAGGGGACAUCAAACGACUGUGACCAUUGUCUCCGUCAUGUUGGAUUCGAGAAGAGUGAUAUCGUGCGACAGAGGAGGUACCGUUUUCAUAUGGUUAGCAGACGAUGCAACUCAUCUUCAAACAAUCACGGGUACUGCGGGGAAAAGUCUACAAGUUUCGAGUAAUAUGAAAUAUGCGGUUUGCGCACAAAAUGAAAACAGUUUGAGGAUUUGGUCACUGAUCAGAGAUGAUGAAAAAUACGUCGUCAAUCAUUCGGAUGAAAUAAGCUGUUUCGUCAUCACUAUGGAUAGCACGAUGGUCAUAACGGGAUCAAAAGAUCAAUCAUUGAAAGUUUGGCAAUUGGCCGGAGGAAAGCUCACUCAGGUACUGAUGGGGCACACGGAUCACGUGACGUGCGUCGCAGUCUCCAUGAACAAGUCUCAGGUGAUAUCCGGGAGCAAAGAUUCCAACCUCAUCGUGUGGGACAUAAUAACAGGAGCGGACCUCUUCACCCUGACCGGUCAUCUGGGAUUCAUUACGUGCGUCCAACUGAGCGCCGAUGGAACUCUCGCCAUCUCAGGUUCAGAAGACAAGUGCAUCAUCGUGUGGGAUGUCCAAAAGGGCCGACAGUUGUCCAGUCUGACGUUACACGUUCCGAUCUUGGGAUUAUGCAUGGCUUCGGAUGCUUCUAGAAUAGCCGUUCACCUCCUCGAAAGCACUUCACUACCGAUCGUUUGCUUACACAACACUCCCGCCACUUAUGUAAAACUUCCCACUUAUGUAGCACCCGCGAAAGAAAUUUCAGCGCCGGAUCUUCGUCCAAGUGCGGGUUUGAUGAAAAGGCCGAUGCGUAGACUCUUGAAGAAAGAAGUUUCCCUGGACACGUACACCUGGCAGAAGAAAUACGGUCACUUGACGUCCAACAUAAUGAUGGCAGCCGUCGACGAGCGUCUUAAGAGAAGAUUCAGCGUGUCCGCGAGCAUGGAAGAAAUAUCGAAAAUUCCAAAUCAGGGAUCACAACAAUUAGGUCCGGAACAAGCAGCUCUCGCACAAUCCCAACAUUUCGAUCAAUUGGAAGCUCUUUGGAAUAAAAGGAGUCCACCGAGGAGGAGACUUCAAUUGUCAAAACAAAAUUCACGUCAAAGCGAUCCGGCAACUCCACUGGAAGAAGAUCCCGGUCUGUCGGAUUAG